ACUUCCGGCCGGCACCUCCCGGCAUGCCCCGCGCGGCAACCCGGAACCAGUUGGGUGAAGACAGCCCCGUAUUGCGGAGAGUCCCUGCAGCGGCCGGUGUUGCCGUCACCAUGGCGUCCGCGCGGGGCCCUGCGGUGCGGGCAACAAAAACCAAGAUCUCAGACGAGAGUGAUGCUCCCCCAGUCAAGAGACCUCAUAUCUUCUAUGGAAGUUUGGAGGAGAAGGAAAGGGAGCGUAUUGCCAAAGGGGAGCUGGGGCUGCUAGGAAAAGAUGGGAUGAAAGCUGCAAUUCAGGCUGGCAACAUUAACAUUAGCAGUGGUGAGGUCUUCGAUCUUGAAGACCAUAUGAGUGAGCGCCAGGCAGAAGUGUUGGCUGAAUUUGAGCGCAGGAAGCGUGCUAGGCAAAUCAAUGUUUCCACCGAUGACUCUGAAGUCAAGGCCUGCUUACGAGCUCUUGGGGAGCCCAUCACACUCUUUGGAGAAGGGCCUGCAGAAAGAAGAGAAAGAUUGAGAAAUAUCCUCUCAGUGGUUGGCACUGAUGCCUUAAAAAAAACGAAGAAAGAUGACGACAAGUCUAAGAAAGCCAAAGAAGAGUAUCAGCAAACCUGGUACCAUGAAGGGCCAAGCAGUCUGAAAACAGCUAGAUUGUGGAUCGCCAACUACUCACUCCCCAGGGCAGUGAAGCGGUUGGAAGAAGCCCGACUGCUCAAAGAAAUUCCCGAGGCUACGAGGACAUCCCAGAGGCAAGAACUGCACAAGUCCCUAAGGUCAUUGAAUAAUUUCUGCAGUCAGAUUGGAGAUGAUCGCCCCAUCUCUUACUGCCAUUUCAGUCCCAAUUCCAAACUCCUGGCUACUGCUUGUUGGAGUGGGCUGUGCAAACUCUGGUCUGUGCCUGACUGCAGUCUCGUUCACACUUUACGAGGGCACAACACCAAUGUGGGAGCAAUUGUAUUCCAUCCCAAAGCUACUGUCUCCUUGGACAAGAAGGAUGUCAACUUGGCCUCAUGUGCAGCUGAUGGUUCUGUCAAACUCUGGAGCCUUGAAAGCGAUGAGCCGGUGGCAGAUAUUGAAGGUCACACCAUGAGAGUGGCACGAGUGAUGUGGCAUCCCUCUGGGAGGUUCCUGGGCACCACUUGCUAUGAUCACUCCUGGCGCCUGUGGGACCUGGAAGCUCAGGAAGAGAUUCUUCAUCAGGAAGGGCACAGUAAAGGGGUCUAUGACAUUGCUUUCCACAUGGAUGGAUCUCUCGCUGGGACUGGUGGCCUUGAUGCCUUUGGCCGGGUGUGGGACUUGCGCACCGGACGCUGUAUCAUGUUCUUGGAGGGUCACCUGAAAGAGAUCUAUGGGAUCAACUUCUCACCAAAUGGAUACCACAUAGCAACUGGCAGUGGAGACAACACUUGCAAGGUGUGGGACCUCCGCCAGAGGAAGUGCAUUUACACUAUACCUGCCCACCAGAACCUAGUGACAGGGGUGAAGUUUGAACCCAAUCAUGGGAACUUCCUGCUCACAGGCGCCUAUGAUAACACAGCAAAAAUCUGGACCCAUCCAGGCUGGUCCCCAUUGAAAACACUGGCUGGCCACGAAGGAAAAGUAAUGGGACUGGAUAUCUCCUUAGAUGGGCAGCUCAUGGCAACAUGCUCGUAUGAUAGGACCUUCAAGCUGUGGAUGGCGGAGUAGUCAGUUUAGAACUGCUCGUGAUCUCGGACAAGGACUGAGAAAAAGCAUCAGCCGCUGAACCAAAUAGAGUGGCUGGAGUCACUGGCUGGUAUUAGCUUUCAGGCUCUUUAGCCGGAUUAGAGCUGGGCUGUAUUCUCCUCCCUCGUCUAAGUUUAUUUUUGUAUUCUUCCCGUUGUUUCUGAGGUGAAUUCUGCUUCCCAUCUCUGUGAGCAUAAUGCAGUUUCUCCUCUCCUUGUUUAUAAAUGUUUGUAAAUACCCACAUUCCACUUCUGCUGCUGUGUUUUCUGAAGCCCGUUUCUUAGCAUCAUUCUGGCCCUCAGGCUCCUAGGAGCCAUUCCAGCAGUGGCAGCAGGUCUGGAAUGGUUUGGCAUUUUGGCAGUCAGCUUCUCGAGUCGUGCGAAAAUGGUCCUUCUACCUCAGAAAAUGAUACUGCUGAACAUGGAAGCCCAUGUUCCAUGUGCUACAGGUCAAUUUGAAAAGGUGGAGGAUCAUUUGUCUUCCCUAUACAGAGCUGAACUCAAACUAUCUACUGUCCCAGAUUCCAUUAGGACAGUGGUUCCCAACCUCAGGUCGCAACCCAAAUGAGGGUCGCAGGGGCAAUGCCACUGGCACCGCACACAAAAGACAAGCCACGCCACGUGCCGGGAAGCUCCCCCACCCCCAGGAUGCCACUGCCGCCACACUCCACUCCCAGCAGCGGGUUGUUGGGAACCACUGCAUAUGGGUAUUAAAACAAAUUAAAUGUAUCGUAUUCCCCUACCAUUUCUGUGUUUCUGCUAAGAGAGGAGUUGGUUUCAGUUUUGUUUCUAGUGUCACUUUAGCUCUUGCUUUUGAAAGGACUCUUACUUUUUGUUUAAGCAGGAACCAGGCACUAGCUCAGGGGUUCUCAACCUUUCUCUUCCUGAGGCCUCCCCUAGUAUGUUGUAAAAACUCCAUGGCCCAUUGGUGCCACAACAACUGCCUGCCUCCCCAGCCCUGCGCACAAGGCCCUGAGUGCAGUGGGCAGGGUUCAGUGGUGGGAAGCCUCGGUGCCCCACCCACCUGAGCAGUAGCAGCAUGGAGCCUUGCCCGCCCGCCUGCAAUGCUGCCCACAAGACAUUGGCUGCAGGGUAAGACCUGGGCCCACCCCUGCCCCUUCCUCUGUCUUGCCUCAGCCCCAGGGACCAA